AUGGAUAUUUUCGAUACAUUAACGGAGCUUGAUAAAUCAAUCCUUCGGAAGUCAUGGCAGUUGAUUUUGAAGAACCUGGAUAGUGUAUCAGUGGCCAUAUUUCGGAUGAUAUUCGAGCAAAGUCCAGAUGCUCGAUUGAUGUUUACCUUUAUGAAAUAUGACCCGUCAAGCAAUACGGUCUCGAAUGAUUUCAAAUUUCAUUCGUUAAGGUUUACACAGGCUAUCGACAGUGUUAUGUUGCAUUUGGACAAUCCACAUGGAUUAAAUGAACUAUUCGAUAAUCUUGGUAAAAUCCAUGCUAGGCUUCAAGAGCAACGUGGAUUUAGGUGA